AUGGCAGGUGGCACGGCGAACGAGGCCCACGUCGUGGCCGCAACGUCUCCCACAGACGAUGCAGCUUCGUCUAUGGCUGCUGCACCAUCCUCGUCCUCGCCAUCGUCGGCAGCUGCAGAGGCCGCUAGGACCUCUGACAAGGUAUCCACUGCCCCCCACGCUUCGCCGUUGGACGGAGGCGCGAUGCCGCCCUCCAAAGGCAAGCAGAAGCAAACAGAGGAGCUGGAUCCUGCGUUGAAGCGCACAGCGUCCUCCUCCUCUCGGCGCCCUGACUUGCCAGCGGACAAACCCUUUGAUUUCAAUCGGUUCUUGGAGCAGAUGAAACAUCGCAGUGCUGUGCCUGUCAAUGAAUAUGUACGCAGCUUCUUCCGUGGCUUCUCGCGACGGCCCUACAAGCCCGAUGAGCAAGUGAAGUUGAUCUUUGAUUUUCUUGAGUUCAUCGCUGCACGCAUGGCCGAGGCCGAAGUAUGGGCUUCGCUGUCUCCCAGCGACUUUGACCAGGCCACCGAAGCCAUGGAGAAACUCGUGAUGAACCGACUGUACACGUAUACCUUUUCGCCGGCCAUUGCGCUGGAAGGCCGCUGGCCUGUCCAGACAGACGAUCUGCAGCGGGACCAAGCGCUGUCGGAACGUAUCCAACUGUUUGCGUGGGUCGACGAAACGCAUUUGGAUGUCCCGCGUGGACCGCACUCGGAGCGGUUCUACAACUUUGCUACGCAGGAGCUCGCCAAGAUCAACCACUACAAAGCGCCACGGGACAAGACGAUCUGUGUGCUCAACUGCUGCAAGGUCAUCUUUGGGCUCAUUCGGCACCUGGGCGCUGAAGAAGGUGCCGAUGCGUUCAUGCCGCUAUUGAUCCUAGUGGUUCUGCGUGCGAAUCCGCCGCAUCUCGUUUCCAACUUGGAGUAUAUCAAUCGAUUCCGUACGCCGCAACGUCGUACGAGUGAGUCCGAGUACUAUUUAUCGUCGCUCUCAGGCGCCAUGACAUUCAUUGAAAAUAUGGAUCAUACGACGCUCUCCAACGUCACCCAGGAAGAGCUGGAUACACGUGUCCAGCGUGCCGCCGCUACGAUGGAAGCCACUGCAGCGGAACGCGCGGCCGCAGAGGCCCAGAGCCCCACCUUGUCGCUCACAGCCUCCAUGGCCGCCUCUUCGUUGGCCGACGAUACACGUGCCUUUUUGCAGCGGACCAGCGAGGCGGCGCGUGUAGGCUUCUCGCGUCUGUUUUCGGAGCGGCCCGACGCGGUGAUGUCGCCCUCGCCCUUGCCGCCCGCCUCGGAGAUGCAGCCGAUGAUCACGUCGUCGACGUCGCACAGCGCGGCGUUGCAGCCUCAGCCGUUGGUGCCUGUGACGCCCGCAGCGCCGCCUGGCCCUGUCCCCCCGCCGCUGGGCGUCGCGCCGCACGCGCCGAAACGUACACAGACACCGCCGCGAGGCGCGGCUCGAUCGACUCCGUCCCGUGGCCUACUACAGACGUUCCAGGACGAGGAGGACGUACGUGACUCGCCGACGCACCAUGUCGUUGCAGCCACAAGGCGGUCGUCCCAGGACGGCGACGAGACAGAGACGUCGGUGGACGUCGCGGCCGCCACACAAACGCUGCAAUCCAUUUUCCCGCAUGCAGACGUGUCUGUGUUACAGCUUGUGUUGGAAGAGUGUGGCUACAAUGUAGAAUCAGCGAUUGAUCGCUUACUAGAAAUGACAUGA